AUGUUCAGAUCCAAGUCAUGCAGAGAAGAGAUCAGAAGCAGCACCAUCACAAACAAGUACCACUGUUUCAGUAGUAAUGGAAGAAAAUCAGAAACAGAAGCAGCACCAAGCUCAAUAAACCAGCAGCCUCCAGUGAUGCUGAGAUCUUACAGUACAUCAACUUAUAGUCCACACAAGAAUCCAACAACGGUGAGGGACAAUUCCAACAGUAAAUCAAAGAGAAGCAAUAAGAAAGUGUUUAAAGGUUUGUGUGAGGCAGAGAUUCAGAGAAAGAAGAGAGUGGUUGGUUAUAAUGUGUAUGGUGUUGAAGGGAGAGUGAAAGGAUCUAUGAAAAAGAGCUUCAAAUGGUUCAAGGAGACUUGUUCAAAUGCUGUCUAUGGUUUGUGGUAA